GAUUCCUGCAACUACUAACAUAGUAUCGUUACUUCUGUCUUCAAAUAACGCUAUGAAGACAGCGUCAACCAUGUCAGCCGAUGAGCCAUCGAUUUCCGGCGAACUUGUUCUGCCUCCCGAUAGCUGUAUCAUCGACGGCAAAGGCGAGUUCGUGGCUUCUGGCGUGACUUCACUCGUGGAGCUCUUCCCAAACGGCGAUAUUAUAAAGACACCUCGGGACAAUCCCUUCCGGUAUUGCGUCCAAGACCUAAGCACAGAGGCUAGAAUCUAUCAGAUGUUAGGCGAACACCCGCGCCUAGUGAAGAUUCGAAAUUGGGACUCUACGGAACAUACAAUGGUAAUGGAGUACAUGCCACAUGGCACGCUGAAGCAGUACAUCAAAACCCAUUAUGAGGAUGUUUCACGACCUCUGCAGCUCCAAUGGGCUCGACAGGCAGCCGAAGGCCUGCAACUCCUCCAUGCAUUCGACAUUCUUCACUGCGAUGUUGGUCCACAUAAUUUCCUGUUGGACGCAUCACUCAAUUUAAAGAUUGCUGACUUCGGUGGUUCAUCGAUAAACGGUUCCUAUGCCUCGGUCUGCCCUGGAUCCCGGUACCGAGCUCCCGAUCCGGAGUGGCGCCCAGGCAAGCCUCCAAGCUCAAACGAAGACUUAUUUGCUCUUGGCUCUGUAUUGUACUUUAUAUUCACCGGCAAGGUACCAUUUAGCGAGCUUGAGGAGGAUGAAGUUGCAAGCCAAUACAAAGCUGAGGUGUUUCCUGAUUUAUCAGAGGUGUUGUGCUCUGAUAUCAUCACUCUGUGCUGGCAGCAGCGCGCUGGUUCCGCUCGCCAGAUAUAUGAGACAAUUAGCCGACUUUGUGUCACGGGAAAUGUAUAGCCUUAAUGCUGUAACCAAGCCUGCAGUGUAUCGUUGAUAAAGAUUCAAAGUUAGCCAAUCACCUUUCAUUUAUUGGAGCGCCUUAUGCCGGUCUAUGGCGGAUGUUAUGUCUUUUCUGGUCAAUCGCU